ACAGUGCAGUGCGUCAAAUUUGGAGAGCAUCCUGAAAACAUGCUGAACAAUCUAGGCCCUGUCGGUAUCAAAGAGAUGUGCGGUGAAGAUAUAAAAAGACACCAAGGGGAUUUGAAAAUCCUGGAGCAACCACGGCUUGGUUCAUUAUGCGACAGCGGCCUCUCGGGCAUCGGCGGUUCAAUCAGCAACGGUUCAAACGAUGGUGAUAAGCCGUCGAAACAAAAACGACACAGAACUAGAUUCACUCCGGCACAACUCAACGAAUUGGAACGUUGCUUUUCAAAAACGCAUUAUCCGGAUAUAUUUAUGAGAGAAGAAAUAGCUAUGAGAAUUGGACUUACUGAAUCCAGGGUACAGGUUUGGUUUCAAAACCGACGGGCGAAAUGGAAAAAGAGGAAGAAGACUACAAACGUUUUCCGAACUCCAGGUGCCCUCUUACCUUCUCAUGGACUUCCUCCUUUCGGUGCUAUGGGUGAUGGUUUGUGUGGUUCAAGUAUGUUUAGUACGUCGGAGUCGAGAUGGGGUGUUGCUGGUAUGGCAACAGGAUUGGGACAGUUGAGCCAAAGUUCAAUGAGUGGAUUCGGUCAAUCACUGGGCCAAUUAAACCAAAGUUCCGGCCUGAGUCCGGCAUUACCUAUAAGUAGUUCUAGUACAGUGUAUCAAGCACAUUAUGGUCUCAAUUCGCUAGGUGACAGUAUGAUGACAUACUGCAACAGCGGCGGCGGCGGAAGCGGUAGCGGUGGCACGGGUGGCUCUCCGACUCCCCAAAUUCCAUGUUCAAACGCCGCCACUCCGCCAGUAGCUGCUGGCGCCUCCCCCAACGGUGGGGGUGGCGGUGGUGGUGAGGAGGACGACGUCUGGCGCGGUCAUAGCAUCGCGGCGCUCAGGCGUCGAGCGUCCGAACUUAAUGCCACCAUUCCGUCUUACCUACAAAUCAACUACGACGCGCAUAAUAACGCAUCUGUAUACUAGUGUUGUCUCGUUUUUUUUUAUAUAUAUAUAUAGUCUUUUUCUUACUUACAUAUUUCAAGUGUACAUGGAAUGUUUUUUUAUUUUCAAUGAGAAAGUUGUUUGUGCAAUAUAAAGUUGUUAUAUUGGUUAGUCAUCUAAGUGCUGAAAGUCUUUUUGAAAAGAUCUUUCACUUUAAAUUAUCAUUAUUUAAAUAAUAAAAGCAUUUGCCUCGCGUUGGCGACAGAAACACCAUUAUUAAGAAUAAGUUGCGAAAUUCAAUAGUGCAGUUUUUGGUAA